AUGCGCGGCCCCGGAGCCGGCGGCGGGCAGAUGGCGGAGUGCGGGGCACAGCCUCCCGGGGGUGGCAGCGGGGCUGCGGGAGCGCCCAGCCGGCACGAGAAGAGCCUGGGGCUGCUGACCACCAAGUUCGUGUCGCUGCUGCAGGAGGCCAAGGACGGCGUGCUCGACCUCAAGCUGGCUGCAGAUACCUUGGCUGUGCGACAGAAGCGACGGAUCUAUGAUAUCACGAAUGUCCUGGAAGGCAUCGGGUUGAUUGAGAAGAAGUCCAAGAACAGUAUCCAGUGGAAGGGGGUGGGUCCUGGCUGCAACACACGUGAAAUAGCUCACAAACUGAUUGAGCUGAAGGCAGACAUUGAGGACCUGGAGCAGCGGGAACAGGAGCUGGAGCAGCAGAAAAUGUGGGUUCAGCAGAGCAUCAAAAAUGUUACAGAAGACAUGCAGAACAGUCGAUUAGCAUAUGUGACACAUGAAGAUAUCUGCAAGUGUUUCACAGGAGACACGCUCCUUGUGAUUCGAGCCCCGUCCGGCACACGUUUGGAGGUUCCUGUCCCUGAGGGCCUAAAUGGACAGAAGAAAUAUCAGAUCCAUCUGAAGAGUACAAGUGGUCCCAUUGAUGUUCUCCUAGUAAACAAAGAUACUUGGAGCUCUCCUCCUGUUGUACUCCCUGUCCCUCCCCCUGAAGACCUCAUUCAGUGCCAGGCAGCUGCACCCUCAAAACCACAAGUCCCACCACUCACCCAUUUCCAGGAGGCCUCCGUCCCCAGCAGCACCCAGCCCUCCACACCAACACCCACCAGCACUCAGGACCAUGGCACUCCCACACAGAAGAAUGGAGCCACAGAGUGUGAUGUCCCAGCAGCAGAGUCCAAGGGCAGUGGUGACUUCGAGGGCCAGCCGGCGGCGUUGGACACACAGCUGCUGCAGUCCUCAGCCUCACUGGACAGCAGCUCUGUUCUGCCCAGCACCUCUACCUCCUUUGAGCCCAUCAAGCCCGACCCCACAGGAGUACUGGAACUUCCCAAAGAGCUGUCAGAGAUGUUUGAUCCAAUGAGAGAAUGUGUGAACUCUGAGCUGCUGGAAGAACUGAUGUCAUCUGAAGUGUUUGCUCCCUUGCUCCGCCUCUCCCCUCCACCUGGAGAUCAUGACUACAUCUAUAACCUGGAUGAGAGUGAAGGUGUCUGUGACCUCUUUGAUGUGCCUGUCCUCAACCUCUGACUUCUCAGUGCAGCUGUGAGCCCUGCAAACACGGACUGUUUUGUAACUCUUUGGAAAGUGUCUAUUUUUGGAUUCCUUUUGUGCUAGAGCUCCAUGGCCGAGUAAUUCAGAGAUGCUCUCAAAUGGACUCAGAACCAAGAGAUGUGGACUUGCAGGCUGGGAGCUUCCCUUUGUAGUUUGCUUCUUCCUCUGGUGCACGUGCAAGAUGCACGUGCAGCUUUCCUCCUGCGUCUCUCCACUGGAUCCUGGGCCUCACUUCAAAGGCUCUGUGUUUUGAGUGUUCCCAGUUCACCUGCAGAGUUUGCCCACGUGCCUCUCUGAGCUUCCUCCAAUCUGCAUGCCUUGGUUUUUCCUGCACUCCCAGAGGCACUUUGCACCUCUUAGGUACCAGCUGCUACAAGGAGCCCCAAUACCAUGGUCAGUUCACAAGCCCAGGGGUUGUCAGUUAGAUUUCUUUGUGUAAGUGGUUUGGAUUGGGGUAGUUUUAUUUCCGAAAGGCAUCAAGAGGAAAAAAAAUGGCACCAAAGUGUCUAUUUCUUUCAGUGACUUCAGACCAAGCUAGUAUGUUUUACAAAAAGCACUUUUUUGUAGCCAGCUGUGCCUCCUAGUGGGAUUUAGGAGCUGAGCCCUCCUUGUAGGACCCAGGAGCACUGAGCCUUUCCCUGUUGGUGCAUCAGCAGGAAUGUUGGAUCUGCUUUCACCAGUCUGCUGAUGCACAACUCCAGGGGCUCCAACUCCUCGUUCAGCAGCUGUGCUGUUUCUACAGGGCUAAAGCAGAGGUGCCAGUAUGGUUUUGUUUUUAAUUUUUGGUUUUGCCUGACUGAAGAGACGUUUGAAAGGAUAAGACUGCUCCAGCUGGUGCCUGUAAGGUACUCCAGGGACAUCAGAGCCUGCCUGCUCAUAUUUGCAAAGAGCUGGGUUUUUCCAACCAUUGCACUUGAACCUGCAACUGUCUGAAAGGUGACCAAGCAAUUAAAAUUCAGUAGUAUUUUGCUGUGACAGGUUAUGUAGGUGUUGUCAAAAUAGUGAGCUUUUUUAACCCCUUUUUCUCUCAGGAUCAGGUUUUCUGUGUAUUUGAAUUUGCUCCCUUAGUGCCCAUACCCAUACUUCCAGAUCCUGAUCCUGUGGCAGGUCUUUACCUACUGCGAUGCUUUCUCUGCAUCAUUUUUCUGCAAGAUUUUCUUCAUUGCUUUGUAACAGAAAGUCUGCUGUUGGGUUCUUUAGGAUCAUCAGCUGGUACCAGGCUGGGACCUUGUGCAGUUUAGUUGGAGUAAAAAUGUCCUGAUGGAUUUGCUUUGUAUUUUGCAAGCUCCAGCUUUGGGUUUUGGUCAGAUCCUGUGAGUGUCUUUAAUUUUGCACAUCUUCCUGCCACCACAGUGGAAGCAGCUGUCCUGCCUUUCCUGCUCUGCAAACUGCUGAACAGAGAGCCAGGCCAGGCCAUGGCUGGCUGCUGCAGAGAGGGAACUUCCAGCCAUCCACUUAAGCAGCUGAUGUUUAAUUUCUCUGCAUAGCUACUCACUGCCUGUUGACCCACACAACCAGAUGCAGCACCAGCACUAAGGGAUGUAAAGUAUGAAGAGUCUGCAGAGGUGAGAAGAGUAUGUUCUUAGGACCUGUGUCCUGGAGUAGCUCCUCAGGCCCUCUUACUCUGUAUGGGACUCCUCCACAAGGACUGUUCAUUUCUGCAGUAACAAAGCACUAGCAGCCUCUUUGGGAAAAGCAUAAAGAACUCGGGAGGAGCAAUGGGACAGUAGUUUGGCAGCAGGCAGCUGCUGCUGGCAAGACAGCUAAGGUGUGAGACCCCUCUGGGGAAUGAACUGCCAGCCUGCAUGCAGCCAGUCCCUGAACCUUCCCCCCUCCACAUGGAAGCUGACCGGGAUCCCUUGGUCCUGUGUGUUAACAAGGCUCCAUGGCUUUGGUGCAGCUCAAGCUCUUCAUGUACUGCCUGGCCCUUGCCCUCCUUCCCAGUGUUCACCAGUUAGAUGACCUCCCGAAAAGGAUACCUAGAGAAAAAUUUACAGUUGCAAAAGAACUUUUGAUUCAUAUAUAAAGAUUAUUUUUAUACUUUUUUUUUUUUUUUUUGCAAGGAAAGAAAAUUUGCCUGUCAUAUUUGUACAGAGUGUUCUCUGACAUGAAUAAACAAAAACUUUCCAGAGUUUCUCACCUUGCCCCAGCCUGUGCCUCCUCUCUGCCCUAGCCCAAGGUAUGGGGUUCCCUGGGGUUCCCUGGGCCGUUUCCCGGCAGGAGGCCCUGUCCUGCUGCCG